AUCCCUAGUCAGAAAGUAGUACCGGAGACAGAAAGGAGCAGUGUACGGUAUUGGAAGGAUGCGAGAGAACUCUUAUUUUGGGGACCUUCCUGGAGUCGGAGAAGUCCAUACCGGGACAACUAUAAUGGCAGUGGAGUUUGAUGGAGGUGUCGUGGUGGGUUCUGAUUCCCGAGUUUCUGCAGGAACUGCUGUAGUGAACCGAGUGUUUAACAAGUUGGCCCCUCUGCACCAACAAAUCUAUUGUGCAUUAUCUGGUUCAGCUGCUGAUGCCCAGGCUAUAGCUGACAUGGCCACAUACCAGCUGGAACUCCAUGGGAUGGAACUAGAAAAACAGCCUCUUGUUCUGUCUGCUGCAAACAUUGUGAAGAAUAUCACUUAUAAAUACCGGGAAGAACUUUCAGCCCAUCUGAUGGUAGCUGGCUGGGAUCCAUACCAAGGAGGCCAGGUAUAUGGAACCUUAGAAGGGAUGCUCAUUCGGCAACCUUUUGCUAUAGGGGGCUCUGGGAGUACCUACAUUUAUGGCUAUGUGGAUGCCAGCUAUAAACCAGGCAUGUCCCCUGAGGAGUGCAGACAAUUCACUACUAAUGCUAUUGCUCUGGCCAUGGGAAGGGAUGGCUCCAGUGGAGGGGUCAUCUAUUUGGUCACCAUCACAGCUGCUGGCACCAAGCAGGAAAUCAUCCUGGGGAAGGAGCUGCCCCAAUUCUAUGAUGAGUGAGGCAUCCUCAUAUAUUAUUCUAUCUCUUGGUUUUAUAAUAAACUUCAUGUAUUCAGA